CAAACACUUCGCCGUACGGCGAAUGGUUGUCGUGGACGAUAGACUCUGUUGUUCUUAUCCUUAACAUCAGAUUACCUCGCAGUCCCAAAAUCGCUGCAAGUUAUAGAAUUUCAGGAACUAGAAACUGUGGUGUUCUUCUUAGUCUCAUGGAUGGAAUGAUUGGACCUCGGCUCUACAGCUGCUGCAACUGCAGAACUUGUGUUUCUGUUCAUGAUGAUAUAAUCUCGAAGGACUUUCAGGGAAGGAAUGGAAGAGCCUUUCUGUUUUCUCAUGUGACGAAUGUCGAUGUGGGGAGAAAAGAAGACAGACAACUAACAACCGGUCUUCACACGGUGGCUGAUGUGUUCUGUACAGAUUGCGGGGAGCUGUUGGGGUGGAAAUAUGAACGAGCGUACGAGCCCACACAGAAGUAUAAGGAAGGGAAGUUCAUUCUCGAGAAGUCAAAAAUCGUUAAAGAUGAUUGGUAGUAUUUCAUCUGAAUCACUGCUCAAACGAAAUCUCAUUGCAGGUCAGUGCAUGCUAAUGCAGUUCUAUACAUACAUGUGCAUAUGUGUGUGUGUGUGUGUGUGUCUCCCCUUCUAGAUAUUCAUCGAUGAUUCAGAUGAUGGACGCUUGAAGGAAUUGGUUGGUGUUUCUGUUUAUUCAUCUUUAUGUAUGUUAUGUAUUUUUAUAAUAUUGUAGUGCUUGUUGGCUCAUUGCAUUACAAUAAAAGAAUGGCUUUCACAUGUUUAUGGUAAAUGUCCCACAAUUAUUUCCAUCUUUCCUAUCUCUCAAAGAAAAGGUCCAAAUUUCGUCUCUUGUACGUGAUUACGAUGACGCUACAAAAGAUGGCGAUGGGUUAAAGAACGGCUAAAUCGCGUAUAGUAUGACAGAUAUGAUAAACAAUACGGAGUAUAAAAUCUUCGCGUGGAAACCUAAUUGGUAAAAGUUACGGGUCUUGUUCGGGAUAUCAUGCGAAAGGAGUGUGUUAUUUAUGUAUCGGAUCCCUUGGGAACGAGCAGUAUUAAAUUGUUUUGUGUUAUUAUAGUCUUCUUUGGAAACAAAGUUUAUAAUCAGCAUUAGUAUUUUGGAUUUUUAAUAAUAAUAAUAAUAUAGAUUAAUUAUAAAAACAUUAAGGAUAAAUACUGUCAUAAGAUAACAUUCUUGAUUUCUUGAAAUGUUGAAGUUGUCAAACAUGCAUUAGAUCAGGCUGAUCAGUUCAAGUGUUCAACGGUGAUGAAGUUUUACCAGGCGGGCUAUAUGGGUCGAGUUGGGCCACGACAAUGGUGAUGAAGCGCCAUGAUAAUAAGCCCAGGCCUGUAAUGUAAAUAUAUUCAAGGAGCAUCGAGAUUUAAUUGACCUAAAAUGGGCUGCAAUUAUGGGCCGUACUUCAACCAGAAUUGGACGGGCGGCGUAACGCUCAAAAUCUUCCAUACCCCCGUAAAAUGAAGCUUAACUCUUUUG